AUGCCUGACUUCAAUGUGACAAUUCUGCUCUCCGGGUCCUUCUCGAACAUGGUACUGGCCUGCCUGCUGGAGCCUCUUCGGGUCGUGCGGGACUGCACCGGAGCGGAGAUCUGCUGGAAGAUCGCGACGGAGGCAGACACCGAAGUCAGCAGUUCGAGCGGGAUCAAGGUCUCUCCGGACAUUCGCCUCGCAGACGCCGGGCCCGCCGAUCUCGUGUUUCUGAUCUCCGGAGACGAGUUCCGUGAGGGCGAUGCGUCAACAGCGCUUCGCCGUUACCUUUCUUCACUCACUCGGGACUGCACGAUCAUCGCCGCGGACACAGGCGCCUGGAAACUUGCAAUGUUGGGCCACCUCGACGGACGUUCGGCAACUCUUCACUGGCAGUUGCUCGACGAAUUCGCCGAGACCUUUCCCAAGGUGCGUGUCCUGUCUGACCGUUUCGUCAAGGAUGGCCGCUUCUGGACAUGUGGCAGCGCGUCUGCCGCACUCGACCUGAUCCUCAACUAUAUCGGUGACCGGUUUGGUCAGGCUGCUGCCUUCGAUGCAGGGGCGAUGUUCCUUCACGACAACGCACGCCGGUCAUGCGCUUCCGGUUUCGAUCUGACGCUGGCAUCGAGCGCACCGCACCAGCUGAAGCGGAUAAUCCGGGUGAUGUCCGAAGCGUUGGAGCAGACGAUGACGAUCGCCGACAUUGCCCGUGCUGUGAACAUGUCCGAGCGAUCGCUUCAUCGCCUCGUUGUCGAGAAACUGCAGAUGCCUCCCGGGAAAUACUACCUUCUCAUGCGCCUUGACCGGGCAAGGCAGCUUGUCCUCUUUAGCGAUCUGUCCCUGAACGAUAUUGCACUGCGCUGCGGUUUUGCCGGUGCCUCGACCCUGAUCCGAAGCUUCAAGGCACAUCGCGGGGUGGAUCUGAGGAGCUUGCGCAAUCGAGGAUGA